CCCGCCCCUCCAGCGGUUGCCCCGCCCAUCACCGACGCUGUCUUGACGUCGGUCAUCUUCUUCCCUUUCUGAGCACACAUUACUAAACUUUCAUUGUUUUGCUUCCAACAUGGCUUACACUACAGCAGGCGGGACGAAGAAGAAGGUCUGCUACUACUAUGACGGUGACAUUGGGAACUAUUACUACGGUCAAGGCCAUCCCAUGAAGCCGCAUCGCAUCCGGAUGACUCACAACCUGCUCCUGAACUACGGACUGUACAGAAAAAUGGAGGUUUACCGACCACACAAAGCCACCGCAGACGAGAUGACAAAGUACCACAGCGACGACUACAUCAAGUUCCUCCGAUCCAUACGGCCAGACAACAUGUCCGAGUUCAGCAAGCAGAUGCAGCGCUUCAAUGUGGGGGAGGACUGCCCCGUGUUCGAUGGCCUGUUUGAGUUCUGCCAGCUGUCUGCGGGGGGGUCUGCAGCUGGAUCGGUGAAGUUGAACCGACAGCAGACGGACAUCGCUGUGAACUGGGCUGGAGGUCUCCACCACGCUAAGAAGUCUGAAGCCUCAGGCUUCUGCUACGUCAACGACAUCGUCUUGGCUAUUUUGGAGCUGCUCAAGUACCACCAGAGGGUGCUCUACAUUGAUAUAGACAUCCACCACGGAGAUGGUGUAGAGGAGGCCUUCUACACCACAGACAGAGUCAUGACCGUGUCCUUCCAUAAAUACGGGGAAUACUUCCCAGGAACAGGAGACCUCAGGGACAUCGGAGCUGGAAAGGGCAAAUAUUAUGCUGUCAACUUCCCACUGCGGGACGGCAUCGAUGACGAGUCCUACGAACAAAUCUUCAAACCUGUGAUGGCUAAGGUGAUGGAGAUGUACCAGCCCAGCGCCGUGGUGCUCCAGUGUGGCGCAGACUCUCUCUCUGGAGACCGCCUCGGCUGCUUCAACCUCACCAUCAGAGGUCACGCUAAGUGUGUGGAGUACAUAAGGUCGUUCAACCUGCCGCUGCUGAUGCUGGGAGGGGGAGGUUACACCAUCCGUAACGUGGCUCGCUGCUGGACCUAUGAGACAGCUGUGGCUCUGGAUACGGACAUCCCUGAUGAACUGCCAUACAACGACUAUUUUGAGUACUUUGGACCUGACUUCAAGCUGCACAUCAGCCCCUCCAACAUGACCAACCAGAACACGCAGGAGUACACGGACAAGAUCAAGCAGCGGCUCUUUGAGAACCUGCGGAUGCUUCCUCACGCCCCGGGGGUCCAGAUGCAGGCGAUCCCAGAGGACGCCGUCCCAGACGACACCGUGGACGAGGACGCUGAAGACCCUGACAAACGAAUCUCCAUUCGUGCUGCUGAUAAGAGGAUAGCCUGUGAUGAAGAGUUUUCUGACUCUGAGGAUGAGGGGCAGGGGGGGCGGAGGAACACAGCCAAUCACAAGAAAGGAGCCAAAAGGCCAAAGGUGGACGAGGACAAGAAGGAGAGCGAGGAGAAGAAAGUCGACGUUAAAGAAGAGGACAAGACGAAAGAGAGCAGCUCAGAAAAGGCUGAAAGCAAAAGCACCGUGAAGACCGAGCAGACCAGCAGCGCCUGAAGUCUUGUCCUUCAUGCUUGAUCUUCAAUCCUCCCAGAUUCUGCUCUGAUGGAAAUCUGAACUCGCUUCUUUUAGGAUGCUUUGGGUCCACCAGUACAGCAACUUCUCCAGCUUUUGAUGAAGACUUUCAUAUUUUGAACUUGUCAAUAAAACUUUUUAUACUGUC